UCAUCCAGAUUCAGACAUAGCAUUUCAGUGUCAUAUUUUCUUGUUACAACUAACUUUCAAUGGCCACAAAACCUCUACCAAUAAUUCUUAUUACGAUAGCAAUAUCGGUUACAAUCAUCGAUGCCCAAAGCCCCGUCGGAAUAGUCCAUGUCAACAGCACUUUAUAUUGCACGGCGACAGGCAGUUCCGGCAGCAGCGCAACUCCAGUUUUCCCAAAGCUGGAAAAUCCCGUGUUCGAAGUCCCACUGUCUCUAUUUGUCGUCGUCUACGUGCAAGAUUCGUAUAUGGAUUCCUACAAAGUUAAACUUUUAGAUGCUACCUUGGAGGUCGCAUGCUCGGGGGACGAUGUGGCCAAUAACCCGUCAACCGACACCAGCAAUGCAGCUGGCAUGUUCCGGGUGGUUCUAAUCCCUCGUCCCAACGCAACUGUUGAUUCAAUAGUUUCGAACUGCCGUAUAUUUGUCCUAACUCCUUUGUCGACAUGCAACCCGGCCUUGCCACCAACUGGGCUCAGGUCGAACCUAAAGUUUGUCCGGACCGUGUUCUCGUUUUUGAGGCUCACCUACAUGGUCCCUGCAGGCUUCACAAGCCAAGAUUAGCUUGGAAAUUCUUCAAUAAAUACAUAUGAACUCACGUAGGUUGUAAGAAUAAGAGCUUUCGAGAAAUAUUAUGAACUCACAUGAAAUUAGGUUUCCAAUUUUUUAUUUUUUAUUUUAUUUAUUUU